AUGAUCCCAAAUAACGUGGUUCAGAUAAAAUUUAGAAAGUUUUUAUUUUUGUGUGCACACACAAAAACACAGGUUUUUUUUUAUAAGAUAUAUUUCGUCUUGAUAUUUUACAGAUGCAUAGAAACUUUAUUAUCCACAAGGCAUUUGGCGCCUGAUAGCAUAUGCGUUACAUAGACAAUAAAGGUUGCAAAAAGUAAUUUUUCAGUCCUUGACAAUUUUAUCUUCAGUUACUAGAUAAGAACGUCGGAUAUCAUUCAGAUUUUCCUUGAGGCAUCUUUCGCUUUUCGCAUGCAAAUGAUGCAAUCCCAUACGUAUCUGGCCACUUUUUUGUGCCUCUUCUUCUUGCUUCUUCAUGCUUAUCAACUCAAAAAGGCGGUGCAUGGAGCCACAGAAUCAAGAUCAAGAUCUUAUUGAGCUUUUAUAUUUAGCCAGUCAAAUAGCUCUCUUCUACGGUUCCUGUAUAGGCUGAGCAAUUUAAGAAAUUUCUGUUUUUCGUUCUCACUCUCCGUCGGUUUUUGCAUAAGGGGCAAAUUCUUUGGCCGGUGUGGAGGCAAAUCCGACCGUAAUUCGCAAGCAGGCUCACUAGCAAUCGUAAGUCGGUGUUCUAAAGGCGGAAAGCGGAGAAAAGCAUGCCUGUGCGAUUCCCUUUUCUCUUUCUAAUCCAUUCUCACUAGGGACCCAGGCUCUUUAUUCUCACUCAUUCUCCCUUUUUCUCUGCCAUUCCCGGGGGUUAACCUCUUUCUGGGUGGUCAUCUUUCAUUUGGAUUUCUUUUUUCAAUUACAGCGGGAAAUUUACCAUGGUUGUUUACCAUUUAUAAAAAAAAUUCCGGGAAAUUUUGGUUGGGAAUUACGAUACGUGUCGUUUUACCAUUUGCCUAAAAUUUCCGGAUUGUCGCGCGGCGCUAGACUGGAUUCUAGUUACAACAAAAAACUAGUACGAAACUCAAGAAACUUGUAUGGGAAUGGUAAACGAAUUUCCAUUCGGAACGUCCCAACUGGGAAAACGGGACUACCUGUGGGACGAACCAAAAAUUCGUUUACCAUUUACAUCCCAACAAGAAUUUCCGCGAAUUUGUGGUAAAUGGUAAACACCCCAUAUUUGCUCGAAAAAGCGCCAUAAACCGACUUUUCUCAGCCCGAAGCCCCUUAGCCUCAAAAGGCAAGGUUACAAAGCCAGACCAAGAUGGCGGACGGAGGAGCACAUGUUACAGAAUUUCAUUUACACUCACCCUAAAGGCAAUGUCGAUCCACAAAGUUUGGUGGUCUCGCGUUUUUCCACCAGCUAGGCAAAUAUUCUUGCUUGGGAAUGCCUUAUAUCGACAAUUUUUGUACCCAAGGUGUAAUAUCACAUCAGCCUCACCAAGGAUCGCGAGGUGUCUGUCUUCAUUUAGAGGUGCGAGUUUUCAGGAUGUUUCAAUUCUUUUGUACAUUAAGAUAAGCUUUUUAUGGGGCUUGGUGAAAGUUCGGCUGUUUCUCUAUAUCCUAAUACUAUUGUUAUGCAUAGAUUUUGUGAUUUUUUCCCAUCAUGUUCCGUUAGGUAGUUGGGGGAAUAAUAAAAAGGAUUGCUUGUAUAGUGGAGUGGUCAGUGUAAAACGAAGACUGUGGACCUUUGUUUUCACCACGCAAAUGAGUACGAGACAACAAGUCAUUCCGUAGUCUGCAUUUUACACUGCCCCAUAGUGGAGGGGAACAGGCAGGUGGGGCCUGGGAGAAUAAGGGCGGGAAGGGAACAAGAGACGUAGGGGGAAGGGACGGAAAGCGUUAGGCUCUGACCUCCAGUCCCCUCCCACUGAAAGCACUCUGGGGGUAUUUUAGCAUUUUAUGAAUAGCACAGGCCCUGUUAGGGUAACAUUCUGUCAAGUGACAUAGCCUUGAUAUAGAGGGGUGAAUAGGCUAAUGGAGUGGCAGAUUUUGAAAAUAUUUGUCCGGGAUUUUGCAUUCAAAGCCAGAUUUUAAUGGGUUUCCGGAUCCUGCAAUUGCAGGGGAUGGCGGAUUCAUCUGUUUCCUGGGCGCGGAUUUUGGACUUUGCAUGUAAUUAAAAUAUUUUUGCCCGGAUUUCGGAUUCAGGGCAAAAAUGGAAGAGCAGAUUUCAUUAAUAAAUCAUAACAGAUUCCCCCCUCCCCCUCUUGAAACAGUGCCAUAGGAAAGCAGAAAUGGCGACGAACAACUCAAAGAUAGGUCAAAACUGCAACAGCGACAGAAAAAAGCCCAAAUACAAUAGAAAAGUACUGACAGCGACAUGGUUUCCUCCUCAAUACAGUAUGUGAAACAACAGGUUUUGAAAUUCAGACAUAUUAACCUCCCUAAGAGGAGCUGCAGCAAAAAAAUACUGUUGCUGUAAUAAUGAUAUACUGAUACGCUUGACAGUAACAUUAGGGAGAUGUGGUCAAGCUUAUGGCUCAAGCCAUUCCAAGCAUGCCUAACCCCCUCCCCCUGGGCAUUUGUCAGGCAUUUGUCAUCAUGUCAGUCCUGGCAGUGGGAUUUGUCAGAAACACUUUUUGUCAGAAACACUUUUUGCCUCAUUCAUUCUUCAUUCUGCCUGAUUCAUUCUUCCAAUUCUUCUAGAAGUGGCUAACGUCAUUCCUUUUUCAAUCUUCCACUUAAAAUAAUACCUAUUUGGAUAGCUCUAGAUAAUUAUUUCUAUAAGGAAUAUUAUUUUGUGAUGCACGUGGAGGGAAAGCAAUCAAUGUAUCAUUUGAAGAGUUCAAAGGAAAAGACACUUUUUUUGUGCGUAAAUGGUUGAGGCAGAAGACCUGGAAAACUCUGCAUGCAUAGUAUGAUCUUAAUUAGACUGCAAAACAGUCCAUAUUUUUGCGUAUUCAAGUACUCGCAAGCAGUCAAAAGAAAGAUCUGAAACGGUUCCAUCAUGAUGGGAAAAUACUCAUGUUAAGCUCGUCAGAAGUUUGUUUAUCAUUCAAUAUCUUAAUAAAUUAUAGUUCUGUCAUUAAUAUUAAUCAGAUAUGAAUGUGAUCUUUUUCGCAAUAAAUAUAACUAGUGGCUAGGUGCGAUUUGCAACUCACAUUUUGAUCAGAUUAAAUCAGAUUUACCACAAAUAUGGUAUUUGCAGCUUAUUUACAGGGAAAUGCAAUUUUGGUGUGUCCUGGGGUGGGGCAUUUGCACCCUCUGUUUAAACCCCACCAUGGGGUUUUUAUAUGAAUCGCCCAGCCCCACCAUCAGGCAUUUGCAGCUUUUCCAAAACAAAAUGACCAAUUCCUGGCAGGGGUAUGGGUACGCUUAGGACUGAGUGAGCCAUUAGGACCACAUGAUCUGGUCAUAGUCAGCAGGAUAAAUUGCGCAUGAAAAUUUCUCACCCUCUGAAUAAAAGUUGUAAAUCUCAGUUGUCUUACAUGUGAGAAGUCACCACUGUUGCUUAAGCUGGGGAUUGUUGACUGAAUUCACUGUGUGACGUAUGUAGUGGACUCACCAAAGCUUGUCAUCUUAAUUGGUCACUAUCGAUUGACUUAAUCACUUAGUAUUAUCUUUUAUUUUCUUUUCAGUGAGGAAAAGAUUUUAUAAAAAUGCUGGAAUUCAGGAAGCAGAGGGUAAGAAAUUAUGGCAUCGCAUAAAAAUUCAGUGUGAAUAUGCCUUGGUAAAAUAAAAUAACUUUUAAAUCUGUUGUAACCAAAGGUGGCUUUCAGAUCACAGUGGAUAACAAAAGAGUGAAGACUCCAGCAGGGAAUCCAUUGAUUGUUCCCACCAAGCCACUUGCAAUGGCUGUUGCUGUUGAAUGGAAUUCACAGAAGGAGACUAUAAAACCUGAAAACAUGCAUCUGGUAUGGUAACAACAACAUUGACCAAAAAAUUAAUAUUGGACAGUGGUGGUCAUCCAUCCUAGUUAAAUGAUUCAGAAUUUCCUUUGUUUCCAGACCCUAGUUAUUCACAGAAAAUUCUGGUUUAACCUAAGAUGGAUUUAUCUAGUCACAAUCAAUCGCAAUCCCAGGGGUAAACUCAGACGUUCAUUUUUUUGGGGGGGAGGGGGCAGGAUGAAAGAAGUCCGAAUUAGUUUUUAAGUUUAUAGUGCUUAUUAUCCCUGCUGGUGAAACUCAUUACCUAAAAAGCUGAGAAAUCCUUGAUUAUUCUUCCCUAUCAAGGGUAGUUUAUACAAGUAAUCUUGAGUAAUCCCACGGCUACCUGGUUUUUACCCUCAAAAUGAAAGACGUUAGAGAUGAUGCCCUUUUAUUAGACAGGGUCAUAAUAGUACCUCCAAAAAUCCAGUUUUCUCAUUGCCCUGAAAACUACCACUAUAUGUAAAAAGAUUCAUGUCAAAUGUCAUGCACCUUUCAUGCUUUGUUAUGCAGCCCAAUCUUGAUGAACUGACCAAAAAUGACAAUGAUUUAAAAAAUGAUUUAAAAAUGUACAGGGCUGUACUCUAGCAGUGCCCAGUCGCACCCUGUCCCAGCAACUUUCUUAUGCACUUGGGUUUGUUUCUUUGGCUUCUUGAUGGGUUCAUAGCAUCAGGCUCCCCUCCAUUUUUUUAGAGUACAGCCUUGAAUUAUAUUUCUUCUCUUACUCAGACAUCUCUUAGCAACACUGUGAUUGACAAUCCACAAACAAAAGCACCUGAUGAGCAGAUCUUACAAAUUUUGGAGUAUCUCAAUUCUGAUACUGUAUGGUAUGUAAGCUCUGUGUUACAUUUUUUCAAAUUGCAUUGUGUGUGGUCAGUUGAUGUUAGGAAACUCCUGUCAUUGAUCUGAUUGGUCAACGAAGUUUUGAUGUUAUGGGCCAUCUGACUCAGUUAAGCUGUGGUUUUAUUAGCUGUGAAGACUCUAAAAUGUGAGCGGUGUAUUUCAAUCUGCGAUGGAGAGAUUAAUCAGAAAAAUCCUUACUUUUGUAAAACUUUGAAUUGCAUCUAAAAUUUUCGGGAAAAUAAUACUGAAGCCCUUAGUGUAAUGUCGAAAAGGCUCAAGUUGCCCUCAGUAGGAUGACCAUACUGAUAAAAAUUUUAUAGCACCGGUCGCUCAGAGUGCAUUUCUAGAGAUUUAAAAGUACUCUGGAAAACCUUAAAAGUGCCGUUUUCAAUGUAUUAACCCUUUAAGUCCCAAAAGUGACCAACAACAAUUUUCUCCCAACAAUAUCCAUACACUGUCAAGAAAUAAAGUUAUGAGAAUUUAUAAAAUCAUCAUCAUAGAGAAAAUUCCAUGAUCUUUUAUCAAAUUCUCUCAACUAAUUCUUCAAAGAAAUGUAUGGAGAUCAGUUUGGAGAAUUUGUAUGUGGAUAUUGGGGCUUAAAGGGUUAAGGUGGAAACCUUGGUUCGGUACCCCUAGACAUUGAAGGAGCACAUCACAUUUGGUCUGAUGCUAUUGCCUUUGUUGUUAAUAAUGCUACGUAACUGGGAUACUUUAUUGCAGUUUCUUCGCUGAUGAGCCAAAGGAGUUAGUGGAUCUGCAAAUGAAAGAAUGGAAACCUCUUGUUGAAUGGUUUGGUGAGAGGUAUGUGUCAAAGAGCAUACGAAGCAUGCACCGUAUUCAGCAAUAUAUUUUUUUUUGGCACUGGAAAAUUUUACUGGGCUUCUUCUUUUAAUGACGUUGGCCAGCCUUGUUUUGUAAUCAUCUUUUGUGAAAUUUUAAAGAAGCUCUUUUUACACAUCAUAGUUUUAUUACCUGUGAAUAGUAUAUACUCUUGCUUUUUAAAGGAAAUGUUCCACGGGACGAUCUCAACGAUGAUUUCCAGCGCAACACUCGCGCUUUCGCGCGUCCAAAUUUAACGCCUGCCGCUUCAGGCUAUAAGCGUAACACACCGUCGGUUUUUUAACGUUGGCAACAAACGCGUUUCGGUGGAUGAUUUUUAGCGCAACAAAGGUAGCGAUGAGGGUCUGGGAAGUUGUUGGGCAGAAAAUUGAUGAUUAGGAAUGUUAGGGACCGACCAUUUGACUUUUGAGGGAGGAGGGUGGAGGGUAUGGGUGAUUUGGUUGGGGUAAGAAUUUUUUUUCAUAAACCUUUGGUGAUAGAAUUAUUUUCCUGACAUGCAACAGUGUAAGAUUUUUUUUCCAGCUUUAUACGCCAUGAAAGAUAUUUUUCUUUCAUUCUAGGAAUUUUUUUUUCGCCAGGUAUUUCCUCGCAAGAAUUUUUUUCCCUCGAAAUCAGUCUGCAGGACACAUUUAUACUGAAAUCACCCAUACCCCUCUUCCCCUCAAAAGUCAAAUGGUCGACCCUUUACAUGAUAUAGCUUGGGCAGAAUUCGUGAGCUAGCACGUUGCAAGUUAUUGACUCUUGUUCAAAAACUUUGUGCGGAAAAUUGUGCAGAAAAUUGUCCGCACAUUUAUGUUACAGUGCAUCAACUUUCAAGGCAAUGUUGUGGCCCAAAAAGUCGUCGCUGUAAAUCGUCUUGUGUAGCAUCACUCAGAGUCGUUUUGUUAUUUUUGGUUUACAGAUACCGUGUUUCGAUAAAACCAAGUACUGGUCUACUGAUAGCUGUACCAGAUGAAGCUAUUGACAGACUAAAAGAUUAUCUCUCACCUCUGAACAAGUGGUCUCUAGCUGGUCAGUGUCACGUGAUUUCCUUACUUUUCUUUACUUUUCAGCGGUUUGGGUUGAGUGUUUGAGGAUUGAUUUAUUUGCAUUGGAAGAUCGGAAAUUUCGGCCGCUGUACAGCUCACCGUGGUGGAAAAAUUUCUGUAAGAGGUGAAAAUCCUCAGACGAAUAAUUCCUCUUUUUUCGCUCCAUUCGGAAUUCCAGAAUUAUUUCUGUACCAUCGUCCGAACUACGCUCACCCGGCGACCCUUCUUCCACUCUAUUGUGACAUGCCUUUUCCAGGAAACUAACGUAGUUUCCGGUUUGAGUGGAAUUUGGCAAUAAUAAAAGUCUAGUUGUUUACCAUUUUACAGAAAAUUUCCCGUAGCCUGUUUCAGGCGCUGAGAUAGUAGACCGCGGGAGAAAAUUUGACGGAGGGGAAAAAAAACGAGGGGAGAAUAGAGAGGGAAAGCAGGGGAUGGCCCCCAUUCUUCCCUCGUUUUUCCGCCUCUUUUUUCCCGCGUACGUUUUAACUCUCUCCCCACCAUCUGAUCCCCGCGCUUUACUAUCUGAACGCCUAGAACAGGCUUAAUUUCAAGAAACUCCGGUUGUAAAUGGAACGCGACUUUUUAAGUCUAACCUGCUUAGCUGGCGGUAUCGCUCACGGCUGGGGAAGGGGCAACGGAGGGCAGCUCAUUCGGUCAUAUUUUUUCAGCCAAUCAAAUCAAACCGAGCAAUACGUUUUCUCGAGGCCAAGAAAUUUGUUAAAGUCAGUACAAAGGCAAACACUAAUAAACACACUUUCCUAGUUAGAGACCGGCUGGAAUUUGUUACCUAACCAAAUUACUGAAAAGCAAUCAGAGGAGGCUUUUUAAGAAGGCCUUCAUGUCAUGAGUUACGUGAAUAACACUGAACCCGGACACUUUUUACACUCAUCUUGCACCUACAAUCAGGGAUGGUUAUUAACCUGGGUCGCGUAGCCCCGGUUUGCCCCCCCCCCCCCCCCCCCCCCCCCCCCCCCCCCUCUUUUUUUUUCUUUUUUUUUCGAUAUUGUCGCCCCCCACCUGGGGGGGGGGGGGGGGAAAGGGAGGGCGAGCAGUGUGAGAUUUAAAGGUUUUUUUGUUACAACUUAUAAUUUCACGCGUGCGUUGUUUUUUUUUUAAUUUUACCCCGGUUUCCCCCCCCCCCCCCUCCCCUUUCCCUCCCCAAUUGUAUAUUAGCUCGUUAUGUCGAAUGUCGCGGCCAACAUUGGAAGGGAAGAGGGAGAAAAGGUCGAGCACUAUAUGUGUAAGUUAAUGGUGUUUAUGACCAAAAUUGUAAUGUCACGCGUUGUAGUUUUAUUUUUAAACUUUUGAACUGCGCUAUUGCACAUAUACGGUGAUUAGCUAUGUCCUUUGCAGAUUACACAAUUAGAAUUAGAAUUGAAGUCAUUGAACCUUACUGUAUUAGGUGUACAUUAGUAGUCAAUUAUGGCAACUAGAGUACCAGAAGUAGAUGAUCAAUUAUUUAAACAAUUUCUAUGCAGGGCUAGAAUUUGCAGUGGAAACACUGAAGUCUUUCAUCCUUGCUAUGGCCCUUAUUGACAAUUGUCUCAAUGUGGAAAGAGCUGUUUCCCUCUCAAGAUUAGAGCUUGAGUUUCAGGUAGGUGUUUUGAAAUAACUAUUAUAUCAUGUACUUAUAAUAGACAUUUAUACUACACUGAACAGUAAGGCCGCGGGAUCCGUGGGUGAUCAUUAUAAGGUUAUGGGAAACUGCCCACCUACCACUCCCUUAAGCCAACAUUAACACUUACUUCUCACUUAGGGCAAAAUGUUGGCUUAGGGGAGGGGUUAGUCUCCUUCGCAGCCGUUAUUAGGGUCGUCACUUGUCACGCAACGCUCCUCCCCACUAGUGGGGAGGAGCGUUGCGUGACGAGUGACGACCCUAAUAACGGCUGCGAAGGAGACUAGGGAGGGGUAGGUCCGUCAGUUUCCUAGAAACGUAUUGUGAUACCCUAGGGGAAAGGCUUACUGGCCUUUUAAUACGGAUUUGAUCAACUUAAAGGGUUAUUGAAAAAAAAUUGAGAUAAUGAAGAAGAGCGAAAUAUUUGUGCCACGACAAAUUGACCUCAAAAUGUUUCUAUCUCUUCUUGUGCCAAAGAAAAGAAGCAAACCGUAAAAGAAAACUGAGCGCCAUACACAGUGUUAGUAUCUGUUGCACUGUAUGGUACAUGGCAUCUUCCUUGCCGUUAAAUAGAGCUGGAGACAAUAGAAAAUAACUCGUUGGAAUCUCGCAAAAGGUGACCGCGACCGCUUAAUACAGGUCUGAAGUAAUUAAGGGUUUCCGCGACUUUGAUAAGUGACCGCUUAACAGAGGGUGACCGCUUACACAGGAUAUUAUGACUCGAGGCACAUAUACAAAUUUGCCGGCGAUCUCUUGCACGUUUCACUUUAGCUUGCAAGUUGGGGGUCGCAAACACGAUGGAUCUGAAAAUGUCGUCGUGAUCUUCAUUUCGAUUCAAUUCAAUCUUUAUUUGCUAUACGUACACUGCAGUAGGUGUAGAAAAUAAGAGAAAGUGUACAGCUUUUUUGGUUGACUAGUAAGGAAAUAAAGAAGCCUUCUUUUGAAGGACGAUAGAUCAGGUUUUCUACUGUUGGCAGCCGUUCUAAGAGUACAGUGAACUUUUGGAUACUCUUACUCUUUGUACACCAGCCAGGCGUGAAGACAGUACUUAUCAGCGUAACUGGAGUUGAAUUGUGUCUAGAAUUCAGGGGCGCCCAACGACUGUUUUCUGUAAAAUAUCUGUUCUAUGACUUGAGGAAGGCUAAAAAGUUCUAGACGACCGUUCCAUUCAUGUACUUUUUUCGAGCUUAUCUAAUGAAUUCCCUAAGAUUUUCUAAAGUGUAAUUUCGAGUACGAAAUUGCGAUGGAGAGAGGAAUCAGAAAAAUCUUUACUUUCGUAAAAUUUUAGGUAGGAUCUAAAAUUUUCGGGAAAAUAAUACUCAAGCUUUUGUAAUUCGUAAAGACUCAAUUUGCCCUAGGAUGACCGAAUAGGUACACAUUUUAUAGCGCCACUUAGAAUGCAUUUCCAGAGAUCCAAAAGUUUUCUGGAAAGCCCAAAAAGUGUUUUCAAUGUAUUUGUACAGGUAAUAGCAUGAUUUGUAGUGAUAUUUCGAAAUUGUUUUACGCAAUUUCACGAGCCGCUAGGCGAGUGAAAUUUGAGACAAUUUUGAAAUAUCACAAGUGGUAUUUAUGCCAAAUAUUUCGUACAAAUCAUGCUAUUAUUUGUUUAUACUACUACCCACAAAAGGUUCGUAAUUUUCACUUGUAGGUAUUUCAAAUUAAGCGGAAAUACCACUGCUCUAAGCCAAUCAAAUUGCAGAAUUUUCUCAUGAAGUAGUAUGAACGAGGAAGCCGUUUUUCUGCGCACGCUCCCGUCCAUAUUUGACGCCAGCCUGUCUUUGGUACAUCUUUUUUUCACUGUCACCUUUUUUCUGCUUUCAAGAUUUUGCAUGUAAAACGGUCGCAGUUGCUUGAGCAAGUUUUGUCGUACUUUACUUUUCCUGUGCAUUUGUUUUUAUAUUUUAUCUCAAGUCGUGAUUAUGUUUAUCGAAUUAUCCCGAUUCUGUUGUGGUUAUUUUACUGUAGAUUAGUCGUUGGGGAAGCGUAGAGUGGGCGCAUGACUUGGAGCUGAUGGAAACUAGAAGUAGAGUAGCUGCUGCAGCCUUGUUUUACAGUCUUAACGACAGACACAGAACAUUGUCUACGCACCCUUGAUCUUAGACACCCCGGCACCCAAUAACAUUGAGGCAGAGCUUCUGAUAAGGACAUAAAGGUGAUCUGGCCCCAGUUCUUCAAAAGCUAGAUAGCACUAUCCACCGGAUAAAUCACUGUCCAGUGGAAAACCAAUUGCGCUAUCCAGCGGAUAAUGAUUUAUCCGGCGCGGAUAGUGCUAUCCGCCCUUUAAACAACUUUCGACUGACCUGGAAACACAAAUAGUUAAAGAAAGAAACUAGGGGAUGAGUGAUGCUUGGAUAGCAACCUUUCUCUUCCCUGAGACAUUUUAACCCUUCCCCAAAAUUGAAGACUUCCUCUCGGCAGGGAUGUUUUUCUUUUAUCUUAUAUUUAAACCUAAAUCUGUAAGGUAAAGCGUGUUGCGAUCGUUUGAUAAGUCAGUGGAUAUCUAUAUUCAGCCAACGAAAAUGUGGCAAUGAGAUUUUAAGCGGACUGAGGCUGACGUACCAGUUUUAAGAGUCCAGUAAGCCUGAAAAUUACUCUCAAGCGAAGCAAAAGAAACUGAAAAGAGAAAAAGGAGAAAAAGGGAUGAGGAAGUGCGAGCUUGAGG